GCGCAUGUUUUCAUGAGUAAGACACUUCCGUAUUAAAACAAUACUGCAGUUGUUUAUAUUUAUUUUGUGACAGUGGUUCGUGCCAGAAUGAUCAAGAUAAGAUAAAGAAUGGCAGCUAAGAUAGACAAGCAUAAGAAGAAGGGCCGUUCAUCAGAAUGGUCCAAAUCUGGAAGCUUCAUGAACAAGCCAGACAGGGGCUGGAUCCAUCCGGACUUCCAGCUGGAUAAAGAGGCAGGGAUCUGCUAUGGAGUUCGAUAUAUCGGUUGUAUUGAAGUCAAGGAAUCCAUGAGAUCUUUAGAUUUUGAAACAAGAACAGCCCUUGCCAGGGAGGCAAUAAAUAGAGUGUGUGAGGCAGCUGGUCUUAAAACAGCGAAAAAGAGAAAGGUUGAUAAAAAAUUGACAAAGAUGUUGGGUGAGAAACCUAUUUUACAGUAUGCAGGUUCCAAUGUCAACCUGACAAUUUCUACUGAGUGUCUCAACCUCAUGAUCAUGGAAUCAGGGGAGAUAAUUGCCACUCAUCAGAUGCCCGGGAUCUCCUUUGCCUCGGGAGGGGAUGCAGAAACCCUUGACUUUGUGUCAUAUGUAGCAAAGGACCUGGUAAAUGGCCGUGCCUGUCAUGUGCUGGAAUGUGGAGGGGGGCUGUCUGAAGAUGUCAUCACAACUAUUGGACAGUCCUUUGAACUGCGAUUCAAGGAGUACCUGAAAAAUCAACCCAAAGCCAUGGAGAUCCCAGACAGGUCUGAGGGUCCUCUGGCUGAAUCUGACGCCUGGGGAGAUGAUGAGACAGAGAAUGAAUACUAUAACGAUCGUCCUGAUGCACGUGCACCCUCACCACCCACCUCUAAAGCACCACUUGCUGAAUAUGCCACACCCCCCUCCAACCUCCCUGUCAGUGAUGGUGUAUACUCUUCUGUGAAGGACAAACUCUCCGUGUACGACACUCCAAAGGAACAGCCCCUCAUUGAUCUGUCUGAUAAUGGUGCCAAUGUAUAUGAUAAUAAAGAAAAUUCCACUUCUCCAGAAUUCAAACCUAAUAUGUAUGAUAACAAGGAGAAUGUUCUGUCUGAGCCCCCUCCAAGACAACCCCCCUCCCCCAGUGUUUUGGACAAUAUACCAGAUGUCCCCCCUCCAAGAAUAAGAGAUACAGUCAAGACUUCAGAGGAUCCUUUUGACUUAGAGCCCUUCAGUGCAGAGUUACCUCCUCCCAGAAACAAAUCCCAACAUAAUGGUGUCCAUGAAAAACACAUCGAAGACAAAGCAGUUUGUGACACCCUUCCACCCCUCAAAGAAAAUCCUCAACCCACCAAUCUGAAGAGCAUUUCCCCCAUGUUUGAGGAAUGGUACCAUGGAGCUUUACCCAGGAAACAGGCAGAGAAGCUUCUACAAAAGGAUGGGGACUUCCUAGUCAGAAAGAGUUCAUCUGACCCCAAUCAGUUUGUACUGAGUGGGAGACAGAAUGGCAUGAUCAAACAUUUAUUGCUGGUGGAUCCUGAUGGAGUGGUCAGAACCAAGGAUCAUACAUUUGAGAGUGUGCCUCAUCUCAUUUCUUACCACAGGAGUAAAAACUUUCCUAUUAUCUCUCAGGAGAGUGUACUAUAUUUGGUUCGACCAAUCAGCAACAAUUACACAAACUGCUGACCAAUGAGGACACUAAGACAAAGACCUUCAGUAAUCAAUCAAGAGGACCAGUGUCACAGAGGUUGCCUUAAGUAGAGUUAGGACACAAACAUCUUAUUUACACCAAUUCAUUUUUCUUGGCCCUGUUGUUUUGACAAAUUUCAUUAAGCUCUUUGAUAAAAGUUAAAUUAUUAGAAAGUACAUGUUUACAAUUUUUCGACAUAUGCAUGUACUUGAACAUCUUUAUAUAUAUUUUUUGGGGGUGUGGGUGGGGCGGAGAUGUUGGGGUUCUCCAGGGUUGGUGGGUGUAAGUUAUGUAGCAUAAUAAAGCAGUACAUGGAUUUAAAGAAAUCCUUAUAUACCAUGUAUACAGUCAUGUAAAUUUCAUUUACACAGAAUAUUAGCUUUCUGGAAUUGCUUUAAAAUUAUAGUAAAUAGUACGACUGAGAUCAAGAUAGGGCAGCAGUAAAAGAUUCUGAAUAUAAUAAUCUUCUGUAAUUUUUUUUAAUUAUUCCUUGAACAUGAUUAAUUUUUAUUUGGAAAAAAAUUGAGACCAAAUACUUUAAGAGGGGAAAGAUAAAAAUAAUCUUGUAUUAAGAAAGUGUUUUUUAUGUAUGUUAAUUUGAUUCCAUAUUCAUUCUACUUGGGGAAUUUUUUUUAUUGAAACAUGUAAAUGCAUGUACAGUACACUGAUAAGAAGACUGAAAAAAGACGACAUAUUUCAGAGUAGUUGUUGUCUGAGUGUAAUCAACAACCAAUUAACUCAAAUGUGGCAGAGGUGAAAAGCUUUCAAUUUAUGUUGGAGCUUUAAAACUAACAUACAUGCAACUUCUACAAACUUAAUACGUGUACAUGUAUCAUUAUCGCUGUAAUAUAUUUUAAUUACUACAGCAUCCUCUGGGUGAUGGAUGAUUAAUUAACCUUAUGUCCUUAUUAAUUGGUUUCAUUUUAUGUCUUUAUGCUGUGAGUUUGUGUAUAAUUAGCUAGAUAGGAAUCAAGUUUUAUUAAAUAACGAUUUGAAUUUCCUGAGGAACAUGCAUGUAAUGCUAUUUUGUUUUCCAUGUAAAUGUAAUGCCAUGUCUUACUUUAUGCUCUGUAGAACAAGGGAAGACAUGGUCUUCUGUUUUGUUACAUAUUUCAUGUAUGUACAGUAUGUCAUAGGGCUGGUACCAAUUUUAAUUUGUUCAAGAAAAUAAUUUUGUUUCAUCGCAUCACAGACAGAAGUCAAACAGCAUUAAAGACAAUGAUCAUGCAUUCAGGCCAUUUUUUUUAUUAAGGACACAUAUAUAGUAUGUGUUAAAAAGAUGCUCAUGUACAAUACUUUAGGUGUAUAUUGAAUUUUUUCGCUAUAAAUCUUUUGUAAUUAAUAUGCAAGGAUGAACAUUAUGCCCUCUGCUUUUUAAAUGAUUCAUGUCUGUAGUGUACCAGGUGUUAUGUCAACUUCAGUUCUACUGUUUAACUGUGAUAAUUGUCAUUUUGUGAACUUAUUUGUAUACUCAGUGCUUUUAAUGUUCUUAGCCUAUUUUAACUACGAAGCUUUGUUGAAUUUUAUUUUGUUAAAACAUCAGAGACUGAUGAAUAUUUUUGUUUUGUUUUGACCAAAUGUAAUUGCUGUUGUUUGCAUUUGAUGAAAGUUAGCUAUGUAUGUCUUGGAAAUUUUACAAAGGCAUCAGACCUAUAUAUACAUAUAUAUGUACUUUAAGUGCAUUUUUAUGUUACAACAGUGCAGUUUGUAUCUCAUUGUUAAUCCUUUGUGAAAGUCUAUUUGCUCUCUGCUCACUUCAUUGGGGAUAAAAGUCUGAUUGAGGGCUGUAAAGUGUUUUUUUAAAACAUGUAUCUUUAAAAAACACUGAAAGAAUUCGCUAGUUCGUGGUAUCUGGAAAAUUGCUACAUUUCAAAACAUGCAUCUUUAAAAGACACUGAAAGAAUUCAAUUAGUUCAUCACAGUGUAUCUGUAAAUUAAUCCCUUUAUUCCAGUACGCAAUAAUGUGUUCUUUUGACGACUUCUAGUGCACUUUUUACAUGUACACCACUGAGAUUUUAAAUCAGCAGGUACAAGGGGUCAUUUUUUUCCUUGGGAUUGUUGGUUUUUCACUAUUGAACAUUCUUUUAAACCCCACAAUUACACGUAAAACUCAAAGUAUGAAGUCAUCCAUCGUCUUAAGCAUGGAAAAAGAUCAUUGCUUUGUCUACAUCUUUUGCCCAGGAUAUUAAGCUACAUAUUGGGUACAUACAUUUAUUUGUUGACCACAAGAUUGUGAGUCAUGAAAAUUAAAGAACUACAUGUAAUAUGUGCAAAAUCAGAAACAAAUUUUGGUUUUAUAAAAAUGUUUGAAUAAAUGUUAAGUGCAUGUGUCGUAUGAAUAGCUAACUCUUAUUUGGUUGUGAUCUACUAGUCAUUUGCAUUUAUAACCUGAUAACAGUAUUUUACAUUGGAAAUAGAUAUUCAUGGCUCUUUAUCUUCAUUUGCUCCUCAAUAGAAACAAAUUUUGACUAUCACCUGUAAGACUUAAAAGAGUUUAAUAUUCUGAUUAUGAUAGCAGAUUUGAUGAGUCUUCCAUAAAAGAGACUAAUCUUGCCCACCAGUAAUUUAACGUCCACAGAGGCUACCGUAGUAUUUGCAACAUGAUUGCAAGUGUCAGAUGAAUAUGUUGGAUAUAAGAUUUAAACUGUGUGUAAAAUUAAGAGUAGAAAUUUUCACUCAGAUUAAGUGAUCCUUGUUUUAAAUGGUAGAAGAUUGUUGAAUAUUUGACAUUUUAACCUUUUGUAUGAUGACCUUAAUGAAAAAAACAGAGGCACAAGAAUAAAAUAUAAAGAAUACUUUUGUUAAUAUUAACUCAAGAGGUGGUGGUCAUAUUGUAAUAAAAUCUGCAUGGCCUUUUUAGACAGAAUGUACCCAAAUUAUGUAGAAAUUGUUAUUUUCUAAAAGUAAAUGUGUCAGUUUCCUUUUUUGUCAAUCACACUAACCUAAUGAACAAUGAAUGAGAACAUGUUUACCAGACCAUUUAUUGUACAGGUUAAAACUGUCUGUGUUGUAUAUCCAUAUACUCAUUUUGAUCUUCAUUUUAAAUAUACACAGAUGUAACAACAAUUUAUUCACUGUUAUUUAUAAAGUGAAUUUUGGGAAGAUGAACUAACUCUAAAUUAAAAUGAAACAUCCAUAUAUAGUGUGUAUGAGAGUGAGAGACUGGGAUCAUAUUUCACUUUAAUUUGAAAACCUGUCACAAGAAGAUAUAAACUUUAAUUUCAUAUUUAAUUUGUUUAUUUACAUUUUUUCAUGUGCAAGUAUGUGAUAUAAAAAAGAUACAAAAAUUA